UGGACAUCACAUCUAGUUUAUAUAUUAUCUGUGACUAACAUUGUUUUCGAUCUUUUAGAUUCUUGAAUCGGUGCAGUUAUUAUUUCAAUAAAAAAGAAAUGGGAUUUCAAAAUAUUUGGUAUUCGCAUCCGCGAAAAUAUGGACAAGGAUCUAGAUCCUGUCGUGCUUGCGCAAAUAGACAUGGAUUAAUUCGCAAAUAUGGUUUAAAUAUUUGUCGACAAUGCUUUAGAGAAUAUGCUGCUGAUAUUGGUUUUAAAAAGUUGGAUUAAUAUUGCAACAAUUCCUAAAUUCAUCCAAUGUGAAUCCCAUAUAAUAUAUUAAUUGAUGAAAUUGAUGAAAUUCAAUUUUUAUUGAAUUUACAACAUUAUUUUGAAAAAUUAAAUUAUGUUGUAUUCUAUAUAAUUAUAAUAAUAAAAAUAAUUAUUUUAUGAAAUA